ACAUCUGAAAUAAUGAAAAUUAUUUUCUCUGAAACUAUCUGUAUUGCUUCGACAGGAUCUCCAGCAGAGCUGUCUCCUAGUACGCUCUCUCCAGUUAAUCAUAGUCUGGACUUGCAACCGGUUACAUACUCGGAGCCUGCAUUUUGGUGUUCAAUAGCAUAUUAUGAACUGAAUCAAAGAGUGGGAGAAACCUUCCAUGCAUCCCAGCCUUCCCUGACUGUAGAUGGCUUUACAGAUCCAUCAAAUUCAGAACGAUUUUGUCUAGGUCUGCUUUCCAAUGUAAACAGAAAUGCUACAGUGGAAAUGACAAGGCGGCACAUAGGAAGGGGAGUACGUCUCUAUUACAUUGGUGGAGAAGUUUUUGCUGAGUGCCUAAGUGAUAGCGCAAUUUUUGUUCAGAGCCCCAACUGUAAUCAAAGAUAUGGCUGGCAUCCUGCAACUGUGUGCAAAAUUCCACCAGGAUGCAAUCUAAAAAUCUUUAAUAACCAAGAAUUUGCUGCUCUUCUGGCUCAAUCUGUGAAUCAGGGUUUUGAAGCAGUUUAUCAGCUUACUAGAAUGUGUACCAUAAGAAUGAGUUUUGUUAAAGGAUGGGGAGCUGAAUACAGGCGGCAAACAGUAACAAGCACUCCUUGCUGGAUUGAGCUUCAUCUGAAUGGACCUCUACAAUGGUUGGACAAAGUAUUGACUCAGAUGGGCUCCCCUUCAGUACGCUGCUCCAGCAUGUCGUAAAACUCCCUCCUCCUUUACCAGUGGGCUAAAUAUCAAGUCCAAUCAACAGACUUAAUAUAACAGCUCAUCUGUUGUAGUAUUUGUGUGUGGUCCCCAUGAACUGUUUACUAUCCAAAAAGGUUUUUAAAAAAGAAAAAAAAAAAGAAAAAGAGAAAAAAGAAAAACAGCACUUGAGGUCUCAUCAGUUAAAGCACCUUGUGGAUUCUGUUUCCUAUACUCUGAUACUAGAUGAAAAUUUAGUGUAUAGAAAUGCCUUCUUCAGAAAGAAGAGGGGACAGUUCUAAAGACUCUUUAAUGGUGUUUUUAUUGGGUAUAUAAUUGAGUGUCCUAAUGGUUUAUCAAUAACAUGAAUAGCUAAGUAUAUGUACAGGUAAUGUAUCAUGAAUUCAGAUAUUACAGUAUUGUGCUGUUCUACAUUUUAGUUCCCACAAAUAGUCAUUUGUUUUUUUGAUUGGGGCAAAUCUCUCAUAAAAUUCAAGACUCUACUCCCUUAUUCUUUUAUAAUUUUUUUAUAUAAACAGGUGUUCAAGUUGUCCUAAACAUAAAAAGCAGACUUUCCUUGUAGAAAAGCUUAACUUUUGCUGCCUUCUUAAAGAAAAAGAAAAUCCCUCCAUUGGAAGGGAAAGAAAUGUCUUGAGAUUCAUCUGUGAAAUCUUAAGAUACUUUAUAUACUUAAUGGGGCCUAAAAUGAAUUCAUAUUAUAAAUUCCGAGUAUCCAUCACACUAGGAGUCUACUUUUCCCUACCCAUCUGAGUUAAUGCAUCUUGUGCCAGCCAUAUUGCUGGCAGUGACCUAAUUUGGGACAUUUUUUUGGUACCUUGAAUCAUUGGAAUGGGUGGUUUUUCUCAUGGAAUGGGAAUUUACUAUAGCAUUGGAUACAAUGAAAUAAGUGUACAAGAUUCUUGGCUUACCCCUUAACAUCUCUAUGUUUUUCAUUGAACAGAUGUCAGUAAAAAUAGUGGGGUUUAGGUUUUGGAGCCAAAUACCUUGAAAAAUCUCUUCCCAGGGUAAACUAGACUCUUUUUGUUUAGGUUUUAAAUAGAUGCAGCUUCAUAACAUAUUUCAGUAAGAGAAUUUAAAUUUCUGAUCUGAGUGGCUUUGUAUAGCUUACUUACACACCAGAUCAUCUGCAUUCAUUAUGUCAUAAUGGGCCUUGUUAUUAAAGUAGUUGCUUCUGCAAAACCUCUAGGAUAGUGGUUGCUGAGGUAUGACCAGCGAAGGAGGACUUCUAGGUUCUUCGUGACAGUGCAUGUUAUUGUGAACCCUUGGACACUACAGCUGCACCAUAUUAAAAAUAUUCUGAAAUAUAUUCUACAAAUAAGUCUGGGUUGGGGAUGGGUUGGGAAACUGUAUAGAAGGGUUAUUCUGACUUGAAAAAUAUAAAUCUUACUAACAAUCUUGUGAUCUAGCUGUCUGUCAUUCUUUCGUUAUUGUGGCAGUAGCAGGAUUGCCUUUGUCUGUUUUUCCCAUUGUUCAUCCAUUACACUAGUACUGUACUUCGUAAGUACAGCUAGUGAUAACUUAGCUUUGAGAACAAAAAUGUGGCCAGUGUUACAGCUUUUAAUCAGUUGACUGAAUUGAUGAUAAUGAUGGAUAUUUUUAUGCCGUAAUGACUAAGGCAUAGAAGCAAUACCAAAAAUCAAGCCUUGAAAAAGUGGACCCUUUCAAAAAUUGGCAAAGCAGUUACCAGUUUGUGCUAGUUUUACCAGUAGACUAAUGUAUUGGUAGAACUUGUGAACCUAAGAAAUAAGCUUCAUGCGUGUUGCAUUUGCCUAAUAUGUGAAUACACUAAUAAAAGUUUUAAUUCUCA